GCUCUCUUGUCACUCACUCUCGCCUCCUCAGCUAGCCGCUCCGGUCUCGUCGAAGCAAACGCAGACCCCCCAAGAGCCGACAUGUCCGCGUAUGUGUCUUCAGACUGCCGGCGGGUGAGCCCCACCGUCCACGGCAACAAGUUCGACACAGCGCACCGCAAGAAGGCCGUGGCGAACAUUUUCGACAACGUGAGCCAAGACGCCCUGACUAGACUCUUCCAGAAAACGGGCGACAUGAAGGCGGAGGAGCGCGUCAGGAGCAUCUUCUCCUACUCCCACGACCCGGAGGAGACGGCCCGGGCGCUCAUGGCUCUGAAACAGCGGAAGAAGGACAAGUUCCUCCAGAUCGCAGGCAUGCUCCGACACCUGCUCAAACUGCGCUGAUGGCUUUAGCCGCCUGUGUCUUCUCUUUUUCGGCUCGACUUUGGAGCCCGAGACGCGCUCGUUCGCUCGCUCGCUCCCCGGGAUGGGAUGCUUGCAAGAGCCCGCCCGCGAGGCCACCUGCUCCCGCCCAAGGCGACCGGGAGUCCCGCUACGAGCGGAUGGAACUAAAUAAGCUAACUGGAGAUAUGAAGGACACCACGAAUUCUCCACUGUGAUUCAGUACGACACAACAAAAGGAUCCACACCUCUGUGAUGGUGCUGGUUGGAAAAAGCUGCAACAUUUGACUUUUUUUAGUGCCAGAAGAACCUUCGUGGAUGCCUGUCCUGAAACACAUGCCUUGUUUUUUUUCCAAAUGAACACUUGUCACUAUGAAUACAUUUUCAUAUUAAUAUAGUGGCUCUGAAAUGUCACUGUCAUGUCAACACUGCACAAUGAUUUCCAUGAAUGAUGUUUUUUUCCCUUGUCAUUUUUAAUAAAUUGCUUUGUAUACACAA